AUGGAGCUUGGCAGUACUAACGAGAACUUGCCCCAAAUCUGUUUUGAAUGCGGCAGAAUUGGGCACAAUGAGGACCGUUGCUCGAAGAAACUGGGCGCAAGCUCCGCGUUGACGGUAGCGGUGGAGACGAACUCUGAAGCACGAUCAUCAGAACAGCCAUCGGAGCCUCCGGCCGGCUACGGGUCGUGGAUACAAGUGACACAAAAAUCGCGAAAACCGAAUAGGAAACCCAUGAGCAAUCAAACCCAAACGGUAACCAAUCCGCAAGGAAAAGGGGGAAAUUCUGAGAAGAUCAUGGCGAAAAUCACUCAUUUAGGGAAAGAUGCUCAGGCAACAGGGAAUAGGGGAGGAAAAGGAAAGGGCACUGAAACAGGGCAUAAGAAGGAAGGGGAUGGAAAACAAAAAGGGAAAGUGAAUGGUUGUGUCGUGGAAGGGGCCAAGGGAGGAACAAGCCAAAUAGAGUUUCAUGAAUGGAGGCCAAGUCAGUUUUGGUGCCGUCAAGUCGAAAGGGUCGGAGAAGAAAGAGUCGACUAA